AUGGCUGACCUCGACGCCGCCGGCGGCGGCGCUGUGAACACUGUGACGGGCUACCUGAAGUCCAUUGAGCCCCUGAAUGGCACUAACUAUCCAAGCUGGUAUAAAGAUGUUCAGGUGGCCAUUGCUGUGUGUGAGUAUGAUCUCGCCUUACGUCAAGACAAGCCAGCAGAGCCCGCUGAUCCCAAUGGUGAUCGUACUGCCAUUGAGAAGUGGGAGAGAUCAGACAGGAUGGCCAACAUGAUCAUUAAGAACACGAUCACACCGGCCAUCUGUGGUGCUAUUCCUGAUAAGGACCAGGAUGGUAAUGAGCUGAGCGCCAAGGCAUACCUUGCCAAGGUGGAGGAGAACUUUAAGAGUUCUUCCAAGACUUAUGCUAGCACCCUGAUCAUGAAGAUGCUGACUUCACAGUAUGAUGGGCAAAGUGGAAUCAGGGAGCACAUUAUGAGCAUGUGUGACAUGGCAAAUAAGCUGAAGACACUGGAUAUGGCUAUCUCUGAUGUACAGUCCCUUCAAAAUAAGCUACAACACUCAGAAGGCGACUUGGAGCAUGGCUGA